UAUUCCUUUGAUCUCUAUACUUAAAAAAGUUACCAAUUCUUGAGAAGAAGAAGAAGAAGAAGAAGAAGAAAUCAGAAUCAAGAAAAAGGAGAGAGAAAGAUGGGAAGAGGGAGAGUGGAGAUGAAGAGGAUAGAGAACAAGAUUAAUAGACAAGUGACUUUCUCAAAAAGAAGAAACGGUUUGCUGAAGAAAGCUUAUGAGCUUUCUGUUCUUUGUGAUGCCGAAGUUGCUCUCAUCAUCUUCUCAAGCCGUGGCAAGCUCUACGAGUUCGGUAGUGUUGGAAUUGAAAGAACAAUCGAACGGUAUAACCGUUGUUACAACUGUACUCUAAGCAAUAAUAAGCCUGAAGAGACUACACAGAGUUGGUGUCAGGAGGUGACAAAGCUUAAAUCCAAAUACGAAUCUCUUGUUCGCACUAAUAGGAAUUUGCUUGGAGAAGAUCUUGGAGAAAUGGGUGUGAAGGAACUGCAAGCGCUCGAGAGGCAGCUCGAAGCUGCUCUUACCGCGACUCGACAGCGCAAGACACAAGUUAUGAUGGAAGAAAUGGAAGAUCUUAGGAAAAAGGAGAGGCAACUAGGAGACAUAAACAAACAACUCAAGAUUAAGUUUGAGACGGAAGGCCAUGCUUUCAAAACGUUUCAAGACUUAUGGGCAAACUCGGCGGCAUCGGUGGCCGGGGAUCCAAACAAUUCUGAAUUUCCGGUUGAGGCUUCUCAUCCUAUUUCAUUGGAUUGCAACACCGAACCCUUUUUACAAAUAGGGUUUCAACAGCAUUACUACGUGCAAGGUGAAGGGUCUUCAGUAUCAAAGAGCAACGUGGCAGGUGAGACCAAUUUCGUCCAAGGUUGGGUUCUUUGACUCUCUGUUGACUAGACCACGAUCCCACGGUCAGGCCAAUUUCAG